GUCUCACUAAAGUUGGAGCAUAUUUUUUCACAAUUGGUGAUUUUGUCAAAGAAAAACGAUGAAAACGAUUUUUGCGAAACCCCACUUAAAGCGCAUCAAUCCGCUGCCCGUGCAGAGCUUCAAGAAGCCAAAACCGAUGGAACUACCACAGCUAGGGAACACUCUGUUUGGCGAUAUAAUAUAUCCGAUUCGAAAUCGAAGUCUACAUGAUCAUAAUGUUGCGGGCCCAAAAAUGGAGUUGGCAGAGUUGGAAAUGGAAACAUCCUGGGUAAUGCCUUCUCCAAGAACGCCAACUGAGGAAGAAGUGCUGAAGAUAUAUGAGGAUGUGUCCGUAUUGGGGGACAUAGAGCGCUAUCUAAAGAUAGUGUACAAGCCCUUCUAUUGCUUCGCCAUGACCUCGAGCAAGUUUAAUCUCGAGGAACUGGAGCUUCUCAUGAAUGUCAGAUUUGAACGCGAUAAACAAGUGGCUGUGUUCAUCAAUCGCCACUCGCCGAUUUGCAGUCUAAAGAUCUAUCCCAAUGGUAACGUGUACUGCCAUGGUUAUAGUCGUGAAAGCACCAGAACUGGUCUUAUCAAGAUGAUGGGAGAGUUGGAGGAAAUGGGCUAUAAUCCUCGCUGGCAUCGUCUCAAGUUCAAUGUGGUCAACGCCACCUUCAGUCUGCCCUUCCAUCUGAAUCUCAGGAAGUUUCACUUGCAAAAUCCAAAGGCUACCAAAUACGAUCCCGUGAAGCAGCCAUUUCUCACCUACAAGAUGGCGGGAACAAUGGUCAAAAUGGCCAUAUUCCCCACGGGCUAUGUAUUCGUGAUGUUUGCCACCACUCGAGGAUUCACCAAGGUGGGCAUAGCCCAUAUUCUGCCCAUCCUCUAUGGUUUAAAGGACGAGAAGCAGGAUCAUAGGGAACUGGACCUGAGCAUGGGCGAUAUCGACUACAAAGUGAUUUGGGAGAAGUUCUUCCAGAACGAGUAUGACAUCUCAAUUGAUUUUUAA